UAGCUUUUAGUACGAGUUACAAUGUUAGAUGGUGCGCAGGCGCGUCCGGAUUGUUCGCUGCGCUUCCGAUUGUUCUAUUGUUUUUGUUUUGCUUCCGUUUAUUGGUGAUGCGUAGUGAUCUGCCAUGUUUCGGAGAAGGAAAAUUUUCGCGCCGGACCGUUAGAGAGUGAUUGGGUAAAAAAAUCGUGAAGUCGUGAUUAUUUGUGUUGAAAAUUUGCGCGAUCUUCUAAAAAAAAAAAGGGUUGGAAGAUCGAGCAUCAAAACCAGAGCAAUAAUAACAGUGAUACCUUCGUUCAUUAAAACAAAUGACGAAUCGAUUGGGCCGAACAAACGACUGAUCGCGGGUUUUGUUUGGAACGUGUAUUAUCGGAUCAGUGCAUGUACGAGGCGUAAUAAUCGCUCCGCCAGUUGUUGGUCGUGCUUGUGUGGAAAUAAAAAAAGGUCGUAAAAUCAGAAUCGCUUGAGUGACACGUUUAGAGCGGCUGCCCUUACCAGCAGCAGCAGUAGUAGUGGCAGCGACAAGGAAAGCGCAUACGGGCAAUUUUAGUGGAAGGGCACAGCUCUGAACCCGGGGAUCAUCGGGUGGAAUCAACUAACCCGAUCGACUGUGCGGUAUGGCCGUGGUGUGACCAAUUGGAUGUUUAUGUUAGCAUUCGCCGUGGCCAACGCUUCAGUGAUUACUUGGAAGAGUGUUGCGGUAGCGAGUAUUGGUCAAAACACAGAGAUGUGUAAAUAAUUCGUGAUAUUUCCUUCUAAAGUCAGAGUGCGAAAAAAUCAGCUAAAAAGAGGUUAUUGCGUCAUACGGGUGUUAAUUCGAAGAAGUGGUCGUUCACGAUCUUUCCGCGUGUCUGGGGGCCAGUCUUCGGCCAGAAAUUAGUAGCGAAUUAAUAUGAGUUCUCGUGGAAGCAGCUAGAACUGUUCCAGCGGCGCGGAUCGAGUGAUGCGGACAGUAUGAAAGGAUACAACACGAGUUUAGCAGCGGGUUUGCUGCUGCCAACGAUUCUGGUCAUAACUGUGCUAGCCACGAUAUCCCACGCCCGGGAACGGACACCUGGCUACGAAGCGUACCGGAAUCGGCAGCAGCGACUCCAGAUGGAGCGGGAAGCCCAGCUCAAGCGGCUGGAGGAAAAGAAUUCCGAGUUCGUCAAAGGCAAAAUCUGCAUCGGUACGAACGGUCGCAUGUCGGUUCCGUCAAAUCGCGAGUACCACUACAAAAACCUGCGCGAUCGGUACACCAACUGUACCUACGUGGAUGGCAACCUGGAGAUCACCUGGAUCCAGAACACGUCCUACGAUCUCGGUUUCCUGCAGCACAUCCGGGAGGUGACCGGUUACGUGCUGAUCAGCCACGUGGACAUCCCGCAGGUCAUACUACCCCGGCUGCAGAUCAUCCGUGGCCGGACGACGUUCAAGCUGAACAAGUGGGAGGAUGAGUUCGGUCUGUUUGUGUCGUUCUCGCAGAUGAACACGCUGGAGAUGCCUGCGCUGCGGGAUAUUCUCAGCGGGUCGGCCGGUAUCUUCAACAACUACAAUCUGUGUCACGUGAAAACCAUCAACUGGGAGGAAGUUCUUUCGGUUUCUUCACUAGACUCGAAAGCCCACUACCGGUACACGUACAACUUCACCUCGCCCGAACGAGACUGCCCGCCGUGUCACCAUAGCUGCGAGGCGGGAUGCUGGGGUGAAGGAGCUCACAACUGUCAAAAGUUCAGCAAGCUGAACUGUUCUCCUCAGUGUUCGCAGGGGCGCUGCUUCGGUUCGAAACCCCGAGAGUGCUGCCAUCUGUUCUGUGCCGGCGGUUGCACUGGUCCUACUCAAAAAGACUGCUUAGCUUGUAAGAAUUUCUAUGACGAUGGCGUAUGCAAGCAGGAAUGUCCACCCAUGCAAAGGUACAACCCAACCAAUUACCUCUGGGAGCCUAAUCCAGAGGGCAAAUAUGCCUACGGUGCGACCUGUGUUCGCAAUUGCCCGGAGCAUCUACUCAAGGAUAAUGGAGCGUGCGUACGGACCUGUCCACCGAACAAGACAGCUCUCAACGGUGAAUGCGUACCGUGCAGUGGAGCUUGCCCGAAAACCUGCCAGGGUGAAGGAAUCGUACACUCAGGAAAUAUCGAUAAGUACAAAGACUGCACAGUCAUCGAGGGAUCACUGGAAAUCUUGGAUCAGACAUUCGACGGGUACCAGCAGGUGUUUUCGAACUUCUCGUUUGGACCGCGCUACCUAAAAAUACAUCCUGAUCGGUUAGAGGUGUUCUCCACACUAAAGGAGAUCAGCGGAUUCAUCAACAUUCAGGGAUAUCACGCGGAUUUUAAGAAUCUAUCCUACUUUAGACACCUAGAAGUGGUUGGUGGCCGUCAGCUGAAGGAGAAUCUGUUUGCGUCCGUGUAUAUUGUGAAGACGUCCCUCCGUUCUCUUGAGCUGAAAUCGCUUAAACGAGUCAACUCCGGCGCCAUCGUCAUUCUGGAGAACGAUCACCUGUGCUAUGCACAGGGAAUCGACUGGUCCAAAAUCAAGAAGUCUGCCGACCAUGAAAGUGUGAUCAUGUCCAACCGGAACACCACCGUCUGUCAAAAAGAAGGAAUGUUCUGCGAUGAGCAGUGUACCGGCGCUGGCUGUUGGGGAAAAGGACCGGAGCAGUGUUUGGAAUGUAAAAAUUUCGUCUACAAGGGCAAGUGUCUCGAUAGCUGCAAGAGUCUACCGAAAAUCUACCAAGUCAACUCCAAAACCUGCGGAGACUGCCACCAGGAGUGUUCGGAUUCCUGCUACGGUCCGAACGCGGACAACUGCGGAUCGUGUGUGAACGUGAAGGAUGGCAAAUUUUGCGUUUCGGAAUGUCCCAUCACCAAGUACAAUCUGAACGGAACGUGUGUUUCGUGCCACAAGACCUGUCUGGGAUGUACCGGACCGAGGGACACAAUCGCAGCCGGUGGUUGCAUCUCGUGUGACCGUGCGAUCAUGCGCGGGGACGGUACCGUGGAACGGUGUCUGAUGAAGGAUGAACCUUGUCCAGACGGCUACUACAGCGAACGCGUCGAACAGGACGAAGGCCCCCUGAAGCAACUGUCCGGCAAGUCGGUUUGCCGCAAGUGUCACCCGCGCUGCAAGAAAUGCACCCAGUACGGAUUCCACGAGCAGGUAUGCCAGGAGUGCGCCAGCUACAAACGGGGCGAACAGUGCGAGGACGAGUGCCCGAUCGAUCAUUACGUGAACGAGGAAACGCGCGAGUGCCUGCCCUGUCAUUCGGAGUGCCGCGGCUGUCGGGGUUCGGGUGAAGAUCAGUGCGUUGACUGUCGCAAUUUGAAGCUGUACGACGGUGAACCGAUCGAUAACUCCACCGCAUUCAAUUGUACCUCGAGCUGUCCGGCGAGUCACCCAUACAAGCACUUCCCGCUGGAAACUAGCAAAAUAGGACCCUACUGUUCGACGGAUCAGGUUCAAAGUGGCUUCCGGUUGGAGGCUUCCACGGCUCCGAUUUAUCUACUGAUAGCACUGGUUAUCACGGUGUUAUCCGCCGUUGCGGCUUGUAUGCUCUUUUUGUACUGCAAACAGAAGAACAAGAAGGAAGCUGUCAAAAUGACGAUGGCUUUGGCUGGUUGUGAAGAUUCCGAACCUCUUCGGCCGACCAAUGUGGGACCAAAUUUGACCAAGUUGAGGAUCAUCAAAGAAGCGGAAAUUCGUCGGGGAGGCGUUCUAGGAAUGGGAGCUUUCGGGCGGGUAUUCAAAGGGGUUUGGAUGCCAGAAGGUGAGAGUGUUAAGGUUCCGGUUGCGAUCAAAAUUCUGAUCGAGAUGUCCGGAGCCGAAUCAAGCAAAGAAUUUAUGGAUGAGGCUUACAUUAUGGCUUCGGUAGAGCAUCCGCAUUUAUUGAAGCUGCUGGCUGUUUGCAUGACCUCGCAGUUGAUGUUGAUUACGCAGCUUAUGCCGCUCGGCUGUCUGCUUGAGUAUGUUCGAAACAAUAAGGACAAAAUUGGAUCGAAGGCUUUGUUGAACUGGUCUACACAGAUUGCUCGCGGCAUGGCUUACCUAGAAGAGCGAAGGUUAGUUCACCGUGAUCUCGCUGCUCGAAACGUUUUGGUUCACAAUCCGUCGUGCGUUAAGAUCACUGAUUUCGGGCUGGCUAAAUUGCUCGACUAUGACUCGGAUGAGUACCGUGCGGCAGGUGGAAAGAUGCCAAUCAAAUGGUUAGCACUGGAGAGCAUUCGUCACCGCGUGUUUACUAGUAAGAGCGAUGUAUGGUCGUUCGGUGUUACUAUCUGGGAACUGCUGACGUACGGAGCCAGACCAUGGGAAAAUGUCCCGGCGAAGAAUGUUCCUCAACUGAUCGAAAAUGGCGAAAGACUUCUUCAACCAUCCGGUUGCAGUUUGGAUAUCUAUUGCAUUCUUCUAGCUUGCUGGAUGGUGGAUGCAGAUGCCCGACCAACGUUUAAGAGUUUGGCAGACGGUUUCGCGGACAUGGCAAGGGAUCCAGGCCGGUACCUGAUGAUCCCAGGAGAUAAAUUUAUGAGACUGCCGUCCUACACCAAUCAGGACGAAAAAGAUUUGAUCCGCACACUUGCCCCAGCGGCAGAUCUUCCAGGUACGAUUAUCGAAGCUGAGGAAUACCUUCAACCGAAGACGAGACCAGUCCUCAUGCUUCCGCCUAACUCAAUGGAACCAUCCGAGGAAAAGCCAAAAUCCUUACGCUAUAGCAAAAAUUCACUCAAACCGGACGGCGAUUCGGACAGCAAUGCCCGCGAAGUCGGUGUGGGUGGUAUCCGACUGAAUCUGCCAUUAGACGAAGAUGACUAUCUGAUGCCAACUUGCCAAAGUCAAGCACCGUCGGUACCCGGUUACAUGGAUUUGAUCGGUGUCCCCGCUAGUGUUGACAAUCCAGAGUACCUGAUGGGAUCGACCGGUAGCAAUGUGAGUACCGGGCUUCCAACUCCACCUCCAGUGGGCCCGAGUGCCAGUGGCAUCUGCAUCAUCUCCUCCAGUCCCCUUACUAGCUUACCUCCAAGCAUCAACGGCACCGUUAACAUAGGCACAAACAAUCCUAACACUACCACCACCACCAUCAACAACAACAACAACACUGUUAUGAACAAUGCCAACAAAGCAGAUACUAUUCAAUUACAACAGCAUACCACCCUUCAUGAACCCCAAGCCGCACCACCAACACAAACCCUCGGUAUUCCGCUUUCCCCUACGGAAACGGAAACCACCUCCGAACAUGAAUACUACAACGAUCUACAACGAGAGUUGAUACCGCUGCACCGAAACGAAACAACAGUGUAAUCGCACCUGUCCUGUGUAUAUUCACGCGAGGGUUCAAAUUGUACAGAACUGACUCUUAGCUAUUAGCAAAAAAUAGGUAAUUCCAACCCAAUCAAGAGAAUGCAAAUGCAACGAACAAAGUGUACUCCAACAUGCGUUAGCAAUUUUAACUUACAAACGUUCAAAUAUUGUUCUUAUCAAUUGUGCCUUCAAAACAAUAUGUAUUGUGUAAAAGUAAUAGUGGAUAGGUGAUAGUGGAAAAUAAGGAUCAUAUCGUGCGUGCCUUUAUCGAGUAAUCGGUCACGUGUCCGGUACCCUGCAUUGUGCGAGAAAACGUUCCAAGGCAUAGCUAGGGUGGACACAUGUCAAUUGUACAUAACUAUAUACGUAUAUAGCAGAAGGUGAACAUAUUUAAACUGAUAUAGCUAGAAACAACUGGAUAGCUGGUACUUAUUAUAUGGCUUAGUAGGCUGUUAGAAUGGUUUUGAAUAAUUUCAAACAUUGAUACGAAGGAAAAGAGUGUGAGACAAGUACAAUGAAAUUUAUUGACAAAAGCAGGACUUGUACUGUCAAGCAGAAUGCAGUCAGCGUGUUAUGAUUGCAUGAUCAAAAUUUAAAAAAAAAUCUUUAUUUUAUAUAUUUCAUAAAAACACCUGUGAUAUUACCUUUAAUCGAAUGUCAACCUUUGUAUAACAGUUUUGUUUCAAUGACUACGGUUCAAAAUAUGGCAAUAGCAUGUAGCCGUUAGGAAAAUAUUUGAUUUCAUGCAAAAAAAAAAUAAAACUAAACUAA